AUGGGAAGCCCCAUGGUCACCGCCUUUCCACCGCUGCUGCUCACCGGGGCUGUGGCCUUGACCCAGGUCCGCGCAGGCUUCCAUUCUUUGCAGUUUUUUGCCACUGUCGUGUCCCAGCCUGGUCUGAGGGAGCCUUCCUUCAUCUUCGUCGGCUUCGUGGACGACGCACAGUUCCUGUGCUACAACAACCAGGCGGAAAGUCAGAGGAUGGAGCCUCGCACACUGUGGGUGAGGCAGAUGGGGCCCGAGUAUUGGGGGCGGCAGACUAGGACCGUCAAGGACAUUGCAAAGAAUUCCCUAGUGAACUUGCGGGAGGCGAUGGGCGUUUACAACCACAGCGAGGAUGGCUCUCAUGUCUUUCAGUGUGUGUCUGGCUGCGACGUGGGGCCAGAGGGACUCUUCCUCCGCGGGUACGAGCAGCACGCCUACGAUGGCCGCGAUUACCUCGCCCUAAACCAGGACCUGAGCUCCUGGACUGCCGGCGACACCGCGGCACAGAUCACGCUGCGCAAGUGGGAGGAGGCUGGUGUCGCCGAGCAAAGGCGAUCCUACCUGAAGGGCGAGUGUGUAGAGUCGCUCCGCACGUACCUGGACAUAGGGAAGGAGCCUCUGCUACGGGCCGAUCCUCCGAAAGCACACGUGGCCCAUCACCCCAGACCUCAAGGUGACAUCACCCUGAGGUGCUGGGCCCUGGGAUUCUACCCUGCUGACAUCUCCCUGACCUGGCAGUUGGAGGGAGAGGACCUCACCCAGGACAUGGAGCUUGUGGACACCAGGCCUGCAGGGGAUGGAACCUUCCAGAAGUGGGCAGCUGUGGUGGUGCCUUCCGGGAAGGAGCAGAGAUACAGGUGCCAUGUGCAGCAUGAGGGUCUGCCUGAGCCCCUCACCCUGAGAUGGGACCCUCCUAAGAAUACCACCCCCACCAGUGGAAUCAUUGUUGGCCUGGUUCUCCUUGGAACUGUGUCCACUGCCAUUGUGAUGAGGAAGAGCAGAGGUCUUCAGAUAAUAAUUCUUAAAACACUCCUUAG